AAGACACCUUAAUGAUCGAUCUCUACGGCGUUGCAGCAAUGAUCAAUUUUCAGCUCCGUGCCCAGACAUUGUGGUGCGCCAGCCACAAACACUCAGUCAAGGCUAGUGUCACAGCUGGAAUUCAAUACUUUUCUGAUUCACAAUAACACCAUUUCAAUACUCGACUUCUACGUCGUUGAAUCGAUGAUCAUUCUCAGCUCCGUGCCCAGACAUUCAGUCUAGGCUAGUCGCAGUAUCUUUUGUGUUCAACCAUUGGUUGCUUUUCCUGUGCGCUGAACUAAGCGAUGUUGACUGUAUCAGUGCCAUUUGUAGUUCUCUCCCAGUGUUUCCUUUCCUUUACCUUCAGACUUUUAGAUUUCAGUCAAGUCACCAUUUCACAUUUCAUUGACGUAGUAAACAAUGAAUCCAAAUCUGGAUAACGCAGGUGCAGCAAGACCCGGAGAUUUCCCUCGACCUUUCGACCCUGAUCUCCCGUGGAUUGACAGAGUACCACUUCAACCCAUCCGUCUGCCUUCCCGAAAACCGCAGCUCCCACCGACACUUCCUCCACGGGAGCGAGAGGCCUGGCCACCUGUUAUAUUCAGACCACGCCCGAAUCCUUUUCCUCGUCCUCCACCAAUUGUCGAGCAACCGAUUGAUCCAUCGCUGGUGUUGAAAGCAUAUUCGACGGCAUUGCGCCCAUUUUUGACUUUGGAACGGGACCUUUCUAGAGCGCAUCAAGCGAUUUUCAUUGCUAAUCCGUUGCAGUACGGGGUGCCAAGUGGAAUGGAGAGGGACGAGUUUUUGAACGAAGCCAUCUUUGGUAUUGCGAAUCCAGUACAGAAUCCUGAAUCUCCGGCUUUUAGUAGGGCGGGCAAUGGAUUUUUUCAGCUGCUUCAAAGCUAUGUACUUAAUGUGAAGGAUGCGGUGACCCAGUCUACAGGAAUCACUGUUGAAGAGGCAAUAUUACAAGAAGAACGGAAAAAGAGAGCCAGAAAUGAUUAUGAAGCAGCCAAUUCUCUCGUAGCAGUUGAGUUUGCAAAACUGCUUGUAACAUUUGAACAAGCUCAUCAAAUUGACAAAACUCUCACUAUGAUGGAGUGGAUAAACAGUCCCCCUGGAGACACAUAUCGAGAUGCUAUAGAAGAUCGACGCACGAAAUCAAACAAUCUCAAAGCUCUGCAGACAACUGGAACAUUCGAUGUGACAGAGAAACGAGAAGAGUUCGAAGUCGCAUUGACGAAAACCGAAUUCAAGCAAGGGCACAACAUGCCAUCCACACUACGGGACCUCGACGCUGAGGUCUCCUCCAAUGAUGAACUUCCUCCUGCAGGAAUUAUUUACAGGCCGUUGCACUAUCUCUCUGGUUACGACUUGGCUUCCACUCGCUGGGUGGAAGAAUACCCGAUUCCACCUCAGAAGCUACUGUUUGAUCUCAAGGACGCAGCCAGAGUGCAGUGGAAAGACCUAGGAUUCCCAUUGCUUGACGCUGAAGCAGUCGUUGGAGGGACACCCGAUUUUGAGAUAUGGCUUGAAUACACGGGUAUUCAAAGCUUUGAUAUUUCUCGUGGUCUCUGGGACAUUGAAGGGUUUCGUGAUACCUUGCCUCCUCUGCUGGCGACUGCUGCUCCGGUAUUGAAAAAUCCGAUUUUGAAGACAGUCAAGGUGCUCAUAGGUUACGAUGUCGAUGUCGUUAUCAAGUUGCCAGGCUCGGUGCUGAGCACACUCCCUGUUACAGGUUCCAAAGUACAGCUCCCAUCAAGAAUAAUCAGCGCGUUGAGUGAUCUGGUUGGUUAUCUUCCUGCAACACUAAGAGAUAAUGGCGAAAUUCAUGCCAGAUCUGAUAAAGAUAAUGCGUAUCCAGCACUUUUGGCAGUGCUUACACAAGCCGUGUAGUGUAAGAGAGACAUUUUGCGACAAACAUGAAUAGAAUUGGUUUUCUGUUUGGUUUAAUUAUUCUUUAAGGACUCUAUAUUCUUGAC